UACAGGUAGCCAAGAACUCAUUGAAUACGUUUUUGUUCUCACAGAAUGUCCUAAAUAUCAUUGUGCCAAAGUUCAAUGUGCAUAAGCAAGGACAAUAGAGGAGAGGGGACAUUGUGGAACUCUCAAGAAGGGGUGUUACAGAAGGUUCACGUUGCAGAUUACAACUGAGAGCAAGUGAAGCCACACACCUGAGAAGGCAUCAACACUAAACUCCCACUGCUUGCAAUGCAAAUAGGGUGACAACAAGCGCCAACCACAGAGAACACACUUCAGAACAAGAUGACCACCAAGAAGGCAGAUGUCCAACGGAGGAUCGUCUCCAAGAAUGGACACAACCAAGUGCGCAUUGACAACGUGGAGGGCAUGGUGAAGCUCUACCUCCACGACAUCUGGACCACGGUGGUGGACAUGAAGUGGCGCUAUAAGCUCACCCUGUUCUCCUCCACCUUCAUAAUGACCUGGUUCCUCUUCGGCGUCAUCUUCUACUUUAUCGGCAUGGGCAACGGUGACUUCGAGGGUGAGCUGCUGUCCAACCACACUCCCUGUGUCAUGAAUGUCAAGACCCUAACCGGCGCCUUCCUCUUUUCCCUGGAGUCGCAGACCACCAUUGGCUAUGGUUUCCGCUACAUCACCGACGAGUGUCCGCUGGCCAUCUUCUUCCUGCUGGUCCAGCUGGUCACCACGGGUCUGGCUGAGAUCUUCGUGACCGGGGCCUUCCUGGCCAAGCUGGCGCGACCCAAAAAGCGGGCAGAGACCAUCAAGUUCAGCCAGUCGGCAGUGAUCUGCCGCCGCGAUGGUAAGCUAUGUCUGAUGGUACGUGUGGCCAACUUGAGGAAGAGCCUGCUGAUCCAGUGCCAGCUGAUGGGCAAGCUGCUCUCACCCAACGUGACUGAGGAGGGCGAGAAAACUCUGAUCCACCAGACGGCUGUGGACUUCUACAUAGACUCAUGCAGGGAGUGCCCCUUCCUAAUCCUGCCCCUCACAUUCUACCACGUGCUGGAUGACAGCAGCCCGCUGGCGGGGAUGACUGCCGAGAGGUUACGGACACAUGACUUUGAGCUGCUGGUCACCCUUAAUGCUACCAUGGAGUCCACGGCAGCCACGUGUCAAAGCCACACCUCAUAUGUUCCCCAGGAGAUCCUGUGGGACUACGAGUUCAAGCCUGUGCUCUUCAGCACCCCGGGUGGCCGGUACAUGGCCGACUUUAACUUCUUUGACAAGGUGCAGGUGAGCAGCGACCCUACACUCCUCAGCAACAACAAAGAGAAGCUGAAACUGGAGGAGUACAAGAAGGAAUAAGAGGACGCUCAAACAUGUUGGACACUGGUAAUAAACAUGACCCACUUUAAUGGUUGUUUUACCAGAGUUACUGUCUAGAAACAAUUUGUAAACACACAUUACGGAAAUAUAUCUGUUUUUAUUUCGUAUAACUGCUAAACCUAAUACACAGUGAAUGCUGACACUUUUAGGCUUAUACUCAUGUUCAUCAUGAUCAGUGUGUAUCUGGUCAGAGUAAAUGCAGGUGCAGUGUAUAACUAGCACAUCAUUUGGAUCUACAAGCCAUAUAAUAGCAGAAUAUGGACAUACAGGCAAAACAAGGACUGGGUCUCAGGUGCCGGUGUUUGAGUGUAGCUGUGGCAGCAACUGUUACUGUACUAUAAAUAAUUAUCCUGUACAUAGGAUUCCAGGAAAGCAGAUUCAAGAUGUUGUUUCUUUGUAUCACUCAAGUUGGAUAUUUUAAUAUAUUAUACAUAUUUCACGCUAAGGGCAGAUGGGGAUAGAACAACACUUGAGAUGAUGGCUGUGUAGUGCUUAAGAGCUGUGUUUUUUCUGUAUCUAUGAAUAAACCAUUGACUUUGAAGAA